GAAGAAUUUUUGAUUGAUUUCCAUGAGAUCAUUGGGGAACAUAGCAGAUUUAAUCUUGCUGAAGCGGUUUGGAAUACCUUAGAGCUAUAUGGACUGAAAAAUUGCAUUAUGGCUGUUGUAUGCGAUAACACCUCAAAUAAUGACACCCUACUCCAAGCACUCGGAGAGAAGUGUGCUGAUGAAGGAAUUGACUUCUCCGAUAAGUACUUGUGCAUCCACUGCUUGCUGCACAUUGUCCACUUGGCU